CUCAAAAUCUCUCCCCAUUUCUCUACUCACCACCGAACACACACCAUACUCUCCGUGUAUACGCUCUUCCAUUCUCUUCUAUUCUCUCCCCGUAAAACGUACACCAUUUUCUCCGUGUACACGCUUCCUUCCAGUUCUCCUCUCUUCUACUUCAAACGUGCCCUUGAACUGAAAUCCGAAGAGAUUUCACCGCCCUCGGCAUGAAAAUGGAAGCGGAAGCUUCAUCAGAAUCCGGCCAUGGUGGGGCCCAGUCGAGUUCCCACACGGGCCCCCCUCGACGGUUCCCUCCUGCGGCCCAGCCGGAGAUCAUGAGAGCAGCGGAAAAGGACGAUCAGUACGCUUCGUACGUGUAUGACGCGUGUCGCGACGCCUUCCGGCAUCUGUUCGGUACAAGAAUUGCUGUAGCUUACCAGAGUGAGACAAAGCUGUUGGGCCAGAUGCUUUAUUAUGUUCUAACAACAGGUGCAGGGCAGCAGACUUUGGGAGAAGAGUAUUGCGACAUAACCCAGGUUGCAAGCUCUUAUGGCCUUCCUCCAACGCCUGCAAGACGUGCCCUUUUCAUCAUAUACCAGACAGCAGUUCCCUAUCUUGCAGAAAGAAUUAGCUCAAGGGUGGCUGCCCGCGGGAUAAUCAUGGCUGAUUCACAAUCUGAGGAUUUUUACGGGGACGAUGAUCCUGUAAGGAAUCAAGUUCAAUCUUCUGUUGCUGCCGAAAGCCCAUCUUCCUCUACAACACGGGUGCCUAUGUCAGCUCUGUCCAGAUUGAAGGAGAAAUUUCAUAGACUGUGGCUGCUUGCAGUCCAGAAAUGGCCUUCGGUGCUUCCAUUCGCUCGUGAGAUCUUACAAUUGGUUCUCCGAACUAACCUCAUGUUCUUUUACUUUGAAGGUCUAUAUUAUCACAUAUCAAAGCGUGCUGCAGGCAUUCGUUAUGUAUUUAUUGGGAAGCCACUCAAUCAAAGGCCUAGAUACCAAAUUCUCGGUGUGUUCCUUUUAAUUCAGUUAUGUAUUAUUGGUGCCGAAGGACUGCGCCGGAGCAAUCUAUCUUCAAUUGCUAGUUCUGUUCAUCAGGCAUCUAUUCGGAGCCGCCAUACAUCAACAGGACGAGGUUUGCCAGUUUUGAAUGAAGAGGGCAAUCUGAUUACAGAUACGAAUCCAGAGAAAGGCAAUUGGACCUCUGAUUCUGCAGCUGUUCCAGAGUCGCAAGCAGCAGGUGGUACCAGCAAAUGCACCCUCUGCCUCAGUACACGGCAGCACCCAACUGCCACACCAUGUGGCCACGUCUUCUGUUGGAACUGCAUUAUGGAAUGGUGCAACGAAAAGCCCGAAUGCCCUCUCUGCCGCACCCCGGUGACUCACUCGAGCUUAGUUUGUAUAUAUCAUGCUGACUUUUGAUGAGAUUAGGAUCGUCUGACUUCCACUAUAUUAGCAAUGUACCAAAUUACAAUGUCAUCGAUGAGUCAUGGAUCAAAAUAACCAGCCAGUCUCUUGAGCUCAACGAUUCUUGGAAGAGAAGGUGGUGGCAAUCCACGUCCAAGCAGUCGAUAUCAGGAUAUGGAAAAUUCUUUGAGACUUCUGUAGCAAGCAAUUAGAAGAUUGCGAAGGAUAACCACUUUAGCAUUCGAGGUAUUAUACAAUGCUCAGCUGAGAGUAAGUUUCUCUAAGUUGGGCCCAUGGUUCAGUGAUCUGUACUGUUGAUAUCACGGCAUUCACGGGUCUCU